UCCCGUCGCGCCACUAUUAUAUCCACCCCCAAGAACCGUACCGUCCCUAUCCAUCCCGAUCUCAUCCACAGCUGCGCGGUGGAGGUGAGAAGCUCACUGCGAGAGUGCGACUGCGCGCGACGGAGAGCAGACCAAGAAGAGGCUAGCUGAUAGAUGGCAGUGGUGAACGGCGGCAACGGUGGCGGGAGGCUGAACCCCUGGGCGGAGCCCUUCGUGCCGUCCGGGGUCCGGUACCGCUGCCUGCAGACGGCGGAGGCGGAGCAGCAGGAGGUGGAGGACUUCUCCCCCGAGUGGUGGCGCCUCGUCGCUGUCUCCCCGGCCUUUCGCGACGGCUGGCUCCGCGACUACGGCGCCCUCGGCCUCCUCGACGCCGACAACCUGGACGACGACGACGCGGAGGUUGACAGCUUCCUCGCCGACGGCCUCCUCUCCCCUCCGCCACCGCGCCGCGAUCAUGGCGAGGGGAAGGACGAGGCGCCUGGCAAGAGGGGCGGCAGCCUUGAGGUGGCGGCCUGGGGGAUCGACAAGUGGUGGCUCGCGCACGGCACCGGGCUGCAGGAGGCCCCGCGGUACGCGGAGAAGGCGCCGAGGAAGGUCGCCGGCGGCGCCAGGGUGAGCCCGCGCCCCAUCCAGCAGCCACGCUGAACGCCCGAACCAACCAUGAACCUCGCGCACGCGCGCACGCAUCCAUCCAUCAGGCACUGAUUGCCAGAUCUUAGCACAAAAAAAAACAAGGAAAUUUUUUUCUGUUCUUCUUCCCGCUCUUGCUUUGGUGGUGUUAUUCUUGCGUGUUUUUGGUUCAGCUCGAGAUCGACUGCGCUGUACUCGUCCCUGUAAAAACGAUAUAAUAACACGCAGCGAGGCUGGAACUGUCACUUUUCCUCUGAAAA